GAGACGGUCCGGAAGCUGCGGCUGGCGUGGAAGAAGAAUCGUUUCGGACAUGGGGUUGUGAUAAAGAUUCUCUUAUCUUCUUCAUGGUCCAUCCAUGACAGGACCUUCCCAGCAGACAUGGGCUCCGUGGAUGAGGCAGACGAACAGCUGAACCUGCAGCCCGGGAUGGAGCAUUCUCAGGAUGUGGCGGGAGACGGGCAGUACAGCUGGGCCGCGCUCUGGAAUAUAUUGACCAUUGGGGGCAGUAUCUGCCUCCUCGCUCUCUCGCAGAUACUGGAUCUAACAACCUUGCAGAAUGGAUUCUGGAAAAUCGAGAUGUCCGGCUUCGUGUUGGUGAUCAUCUUCUUUGUUGCGGCGCUCGUCGGUACCAUGGUAUGGUACCUGAAGUCCCACGGCGAACCGGCCCUUUCGGACGACCGCCGUCAGUCCGUGAGCCGACAGCCCUCCUUCACGUACUCCGAGUGGACGGAUGACAAAGUGGAGGACUUCAUGGAUCUGGAGCCCAUCCCGGACACGCCGGUUUUCGACUGUCUGAUGGACAUCAGGGGCGAUAUGGACCAGGGCACGCUCAGCGUGAAGUCUGUGGGCCUCCAAGAAAGGCGCGGCUCCAACGUGUCCCUGACCUUAGACAUGUGCACAACCGGAUGCACAGAGCCCUAUGGACAUAUCAUGUCCCCAAGGGAGCAGUCCACCCAGGAGUAUCUCCAAACCGCCGGCUGCGUCCUCACCCCCGAUGAACUACAUGAGAAGGCCCUGGACUCUUUUACCCUUCAGAAGGAGUUCUUUGAGAUCCCGAUGAACUUCGUUGACCCGAAGGAAUAUGAAAUUCUCGGUUUAGUCCGAAAAAACAGAUACAAAACCAUACUCCCAAAUCCACAAACCAGAGUGUGCCUUAUAUCACCAGACCAGGAGGACGACCCUCUGAGUUCCUACGUAAACGCCAAUUACAUUCGAGGUUAUGGAGAAGAGGAAAGAGUUUACAUUGCCACUCAGGGACCCACAGUGAACACCGUUGGAGAUUUCUGGAAGAUGGUCUGGCAGGAACACUCCCCCAUUAUCGUCAUGAUCACCAACAUCGAGGAAGUCAAUGAGAAAUGUACAGAAUACUGGCCAGAGAAACAGGCUGUAUAUGAAGGGAUAGAAGUGACAAUAAAAGACAUCAUCCCAGAUGAUGAUUACGUGCUAAGAAUCAUGACUUUAAAGAGUGAUGGGGAAGAAAGGAUCCUCAAGCAUUUCUGGUACACCUCAUGGCCAGAUCAGAAGACACCAGAUCAGGCUCCGGCACUCUUGAAACUGGUGAAGGAUGUGGAAGAGGCCAGGCAGAAGGCGGAGCUUGAUGACGGACCUGUCAUCGUACACUGCAGUGCGGGGAUUGGAAGAACCGGCUGCUUUAUCGCUACCACACUCCUUUGUAAGCAGAUGAAGAACGGGGGGAAGGUGAACAUUCUGCGGACCACCUGCCAGCUACGGUUAGACAGGGGAGGAAUGAUUCAAACCAGCGAACAGUAUCAGUUUGUCCACCAUGUCCUGAGUUUGUUUGUCAAACAAAACCGCUACACCGUAGAGGAAUAGGCCUGGACUUUCCACGUGACCCGACUUGGAAAACAAAAACAAAAAAACUCCAAAAUGCGUCCACUGUAGCUUAACAACGAACGGUAACUCUACGGCCGAAACAGAGACUUUUUCAUGUUCUAUUUUAAGGGCAGGUCCAAAAGACCAUCUGUAUCUCGCCGACGUCAACGUUUAGGACCCGACAAACAGCUUCGAGUUUCGCCGUGGACUCACGACAUUAGCUCACCAAAAACUAUUUCUACUGUAAAUAGCAAAUCAGAUCCGUUUGUAACAGGACACUACAGAGAAGGGGAAAACACAAACAAACAUUUGUGCUUUUAAGUUUACUAUUUUUCUGGGAGUAAGAUAAAAAAAAAGAAUAAUUAUUUCUUGCUUUUGUCUUCAGUGUUGAACUUUCCAACAUCGAGCAGUCACGUAAUGUCUUUAAUGCCGA